CUGUCGCUGCCAUACAGCACGCUGGGUUAAUAAUAGCAGAACGGUUGUCAAGCUAUUUCAGAAGGGGGGAGUGUCGGCUCAUUCUCAUUGGACCCGUUUUAUCCUCGAGUUUCUCAUGAAGUGCGAGUGGGAGGAGAAUUUCCAGCAACGGAGGAUAUCAAAAAUAAACCCCCUCAUGUCCAGGGAAGAACGGAAAGUAUAAAUACCCCCCGAUAUGUCCAGACUGCAGCGGUGCUGGUGAGUGGUACAGCAAGACUUAAGCUUGGUCAGGGAAGGAGAAACGGCAGCUCAGACUGACUGAAACUGAAUGACAUAUUUUGACUGGCACUGGAAGAUCACUUUUAAUUUCAGAGGAGACAUUCUUCUUUCUCACUGGAGGAGACGUGCCACUGGCCAGAGAUAAAAGUACAUCUUUGUUAAAGUCUUUAUAUUACUGCUCUUUAGUGCGUUCUUUUUUUUUUUACUGCAGAAUAUGUGUACCACUGUGUGUUUCGUCUUUUUACUCCUGUGCAUGGUCAACGCGGCACUUGCCUCUCCGUUUGAAUCAGAGGAUGUUGUACCUGUUCGGAUAAUUGGGAGAACCAGCGGGCGCUUUUGGAAGAGAAGCGAGGAGCAGCCGAGGUUUAUCCUCAGUGCGUUUGGCAAGGACUUUACUCUAAACCUCAUGCCGGACACCAGCUUCAUCGCGCCUUCCUUCACUAUGCAGCGCAUCAAAGCCAAAGAUGCUAGGGCUUUACGCAGCGCUCCAGGUGCCCAGCACGUCCUCCAGAAACUUAUGAACAAGUCAGAGGAGAGCGAGGGCCACCUGAGGAGCUGUUUUUACUCUGGGAACGUAGAUCAAGAUCAGGACUCGUUCGUGGCUGUCAGUCUGUGCUCCGGCAUCUUUGGCUCCUUCAUAACCGAGGGCAAAGAGUAUUUAAUUGAGCCAAAACUCCGUGGCGGCCUGGGGCCAGACUCUUCCGAACAGCUGCACGUCAUCAAGAGGAGAACAUUCAACGAGAACCACGGUGUUCCCCUCAUGUUUGAUCACGCGACAGUGGAGAAGCACAAUGGGGAAAGUUUUACGCACGGCGACGGCCACGCAAAGAGGGAACCACGCCGGAGACGCUUUGUCUCUGCGCCACGGUUCAUAGAGACCCUGGUGGUAGCAGACUCAACCAUGACCCACUUCUAUGGAGAUGAAAUAAAGCACUACAUUCUCACCCUCAUGUCCAUGGCUGCCCAGCUUUACAAGCACCCCAGCAUAAAGAACUCUGUGAACAUGGUGGUGGUGAAGAUGCUGGUGGUGGAAGACGAGAACGUUGGACCGGAGGUCUCCAGCAAUGGAGGUGUGGCUCUGCGGAACUUCUGCUCUUGGCAGCAGUUCUUCAACACACCGAGUCAGAGGCAUCCAGAGCACUAUGACACUGCCAUGCUGUUCACUAGAGAGGACAUCUGUGGCCAGAAGAGCUGCGACACAUUGGGUGUGGCAGAUGUUGGGACGAUGUGCGAUCCCAAGAGAAGCUGCUCGGUUAUCGAGGACAAUGGCCUACAAGCUGCCUUCACAGCUGCACAUGAGCUUGGUCAUGUGUUGAGUAUGCCUCAUGACGACUCCAAGACAUGUGAGAGACUCUUUGGGGAUCUGGGAGGUCAUUACCUGAUGGCUCCUCUGUUCGUCAGCCUCAACAAGACCAUGCCUUGGUCUCCCUGCAGCGCUCUCUACAUCACUGAAUUCUUUGACAACGGGCACGGAGACUGCCUGCUUGAUGUCCCAGAGACUACUUUGCCCCUACCAAAAGAACUGCCAGGCACCAAGUACAACCUGGACCAGCAGUGCCAGCAGAUUUUUGGAGAGGAGUUCAUCCACUGCCCCAACACCUCAGAGAGUGAUAUCUGUAGUCAGCUGUGGUGUCAAGAGGACGGGACACUGCAGUGCUCUACCAAGAAUGGAAGCCUGCCCUGGGCUGAUGGCACCCCCUGCAACCCCAAUGGAACCUGCCUCUAUGGAGUGUGCAGGCCAAUCCAGGAGGUGAUGCAGCCACUGAUGGUUGUGGACGGCGGCUGGAGCUCAUGGGGACCCUGGCAGCAGUGCUCCAGGACAUGUGGAGGUGGGGUGGAGUUCUCCUACAGGGAGUGCACUAACCCUGUGCCUCAGAAUGGAGGGAAUUACUGUGAAGGACAGAGGGUUCAGUACCAGUCCUGCAACAUACAGCCAUGUGAUAACAACGAAGGUAAAAGUUUCAGAGAGGAGCAGUGUGAGAAGUACAACAGCCCCAGUUACCUGGACCACAGCGGGAAUGUGAAACAGUGGAUACCAAAGUACACUGGCGUUUCUCCCAGAGACAGGUGUAAGCUAUUCUGCAGGGCCCGGGACAGCAGUGAAUUCAAGGUGUUUGAAUCCAAGGUAAUUGACGGGACGCCCUGUGGCCCUGACACCACAUCUGUGUGCGUCCAAGGACAAUGUGUGAAGGCAGGCUGUGACCAGGUGAUAGGAUCCAACAAGCGAGUGGACAAGUGUGGAGUGUGUGGAGGAAGCGGACUCACUUGUAGAAAGAUCACAGGAUCGUACAACAAAGCAAAUUAUGGAUACAGUGACAUCAUCACAAUUCCCAUUGGCGCUACUAACAUUGACAUCAAACAGCGGAGCCACAGAGGAAUCAAGCAUGAUGGGUACUACCUGGCUGUAAAGAGAGAGAGUGGUGGUUACAUCCUUAAUGGUAAUUUCUCUGUAUCCACGAUGGAGCAGGAUGUUCCAGUGCUUGGUGCAGUACUGAAGUACAGUGGCUCUUCCACUACACUAGAGAGGAUCCAGAGUUUCAGGCAGCUGAAGGAGGCCAUUACCAUCCAGCUCUUCACUACUGCAGGUGAUGGUAACCCUCCCAAGGUCAAAUAUACUUUUUUCAUCCCUAAAGAUGCGACUUUCAACAAAUCCAAGGAGAAAAAAGGCUUGUCCCUCUCUUUGCAUAUGAUCCAUCCAUUUGGUGUGCCUGAAUGGGUGCUGGGUGAGUGGUCUGUGUGUUCCAAGACCUGUGGCUCUGGGUGGUCCCGGAGGAAUGUUGAAUGCAUGGACAGUGAAGGCUUCCUCUCCAGCCAAUGCGACAAAGACCUGAAGCCCAUAGACAUCAGGCCUUGUGGAGAUCUGCCAUGUCCCAUAUGGCAGAUGGGACCGUGGUCUGCCUGCUCACGAACUUGUGGUCAGGGGGAGCGCCGCCGCAGCAUCUUCUGCAUAGACUACACUGGGAAGACUGUUGAGCCAGAGAAGUGUGAUCCAAAAAAAAUCCCAGAGCCAGUCUCUGGAGAAUGUUUCAACCAGGACUGCUUGUGAAGAACAUGAGUACAGUGAACUUGUUAUUUUUGAUUAUAGUGCACUUAUGAACAAUGGAUGGAUUAGUGAACAGGCGGGCGCACCGGGGAAAAGGGCCAGGGGUCCAUUAGAUCUGCAGUAUGACUACAAACAGACACAAAACAAUCCCCAAAACUUAAGAAAUGAUCACAAAGAGACAGAUUAUGAAAAUUCUUGUUCACCUGCAAAAUGUAAUGUAUGUCUACAAUAUGUCUACAUCCCGGAGCCCAUGAACUCAUGGCUCAUGUUAUCAACUGGUUGCAUCAAGUCACAUCAAAGGCUUUUACCUGAACAUUGCUUUGUCAUUCUGUUGACAUUUAACAACCACUAUUGAAAUUUUAAACAAUGGAAAUCUACCUCAGGAUGUACAUGUGAUGCUAUGUACAGUUGCUAGAAGAAGGUGCGGUGUGUGUGUGUGUGUGUGUGUGUGUGUGUGUGUGUGUGUGUGUGUAACUUUUCCAGAAUGAAAAACUAGUCCAACAUUUAAAAAAAAAAGAGAACUUUUUUUGGAUGCUUUUUUCUAUAAUCAGUAGUUUGGUGGGGCUAGAACAAUGGCAUGAAACCUGCUGUCAAUCACCAGCACAGUUUAAAUAUACCUCCAAUUGUCAUUCACACACUCAACCCCCUUUUGAUCGAGCCAUUUACCUUUUAAUGAGGCACAGACGCACGAAUGAAGCAUUGGGAUUUUAAGCCUCUGGGAAAUGUGCUUGUGUGUUAUUGCUUCUCCUUUCUGCACACAUACUAAUUUAAUUUGUGCUAAAUCCUAAAUCUUAAAGCCUACAUCGGAACAAACUACAACUACAAACUACAUCAUAGGCAUUUUACACAUUGUAUAAAAUAUGUCUGGUCUUUCCUGAUCAGAAAACCAAUGAGAACUCUACUCUUCCAAGCAAUGUAAUUUUAGCCUUGUUCCAUGUCCAUGUGCAUCACAAUGCAGUUGAGGAAAACAGUGGUAGAAGCAGUCUGCAAUGCAGCAGUGUUUAUUUGGAGGUAUUUUUAGUGAUAAGCAUACUAUCUAUCAUAUAUAUGAAAAAUAACAUUAAUUUUCAGACUUUUUUUGUUAAUGCAUCAUAUGCAAAUGCUCACACGUUUUCAAAUUCAUGUAUGUAUAUUUGAUUUCUUCAUUCCUGUUGUUAAUUUACAGUAUGUUAUCAAACAAAAGAGAUGGCGGAUUAGGCCUAUAUCCCUUCAGUGAAGGACUAUGCUAUUAUAUUAUUACAGCUUCCUUUUUAAGCUAUUUAUUUUUGUAAAGUUUUUACCUUGGACAUGUAAGUAACAUGGCAGAUGCUGCUGUCUUUAAGAUUAUUGUCUAUA